AUGGCCGAUCACACUCCGGAGUCUUGGGAGGAUGAACUCUCCCGGCAAGCUGAGGGCGUCAACCUGAACGCACAGUCUCGGCCACAGGCUCAAGCUCCUUCGUUCCGUCCUGGAAUUGCCUCUUUCCAGCCUGGAGCCGCUUCUUUCGUACCUGGCCAGUCUUUCCAAGGGUAUGGUGGUGGAUUCCCUCAAUACGGCCAAUAUGGUCAGCAGGGUUAUGGCGGAUACCAAUAUGGCCAGCAACAGCCCUACGGUCAGUAUGGAGCGUAUGCUCAGCAGCCUGGUGGCUACAAUCAAGGAUACAAUCAGCAAUACGGCGGCGGUUAUCAACCGCAACAACAGCAGCAAUUUGCUCAGCAAACAUCCCAGGCCGCACAGCAACCCCAGGCUGCUGAAACCCAGCCUGCCCAAUCGGCGCCCAAACCUGCCGCCGCCGCUCCCAAGGCUAAAGUUUUGUCUAUCGGUGGCGCUAGCGACUCUCCUGCCGCUCCCAAGACCAAAGUCCUUUCGAUCGGUACCCCAUCUCCUACUCCUUCAUCGAAGAUGUCUUCCGGAACUGCCACCCCUGGAGACUCCAAGGGACCCGAUGCUGCUCAGGCUGCCGCCAAGGUGACUGCUUCUAAGGCCAUUGAAAAGACGGAGAAGAAGGCAGAGCAGAAAGCAGCUGCCAGCGGCAAGACAUCCCCUGCUCCUGCCUCGGGUCGCUCCAGUCCCGGAAGAGCAAGCCCUUCCCGAGGUGAGGCUGCUAAGGCUGCCCGUGCCGCAGAUGCCGUUGCUAAGGAGCAACAAGCCGACGUUGACGAAGCUACAUUGAAGGAAAUAUACGGUGAGAAGAAAGAGCAUGUAAACAUUGUUUUCAUCGGACACGUCGAUGCUGGAAAGUCUACACUGGGUGGAUCCAUCCUGUACGUCACUGGUAUGGUGGACGAGCGAACUUUGGAUAAGUAUAAGAGGGAUGCUAAGGAAGCUGGCCGUGAGACCUGGUAUCUUUCUUGGGCCUUGGAUCUGACAAACGAAGAGCGUUCGAAGGGAAAGACAGUCGAGGUUGGCCGUGCUCACUUCAAGCUUACAGUGCCCACGCCUGAGGGACCUGUCGAGAGAAACUUCUCCAUUCUGGAUGCCCCUGGUCACAAGCAAUAUGUUCAUCACAUGAUUGGCGGCGCUUCGCAAGCUGAUGUUGGUGUUUUGGUGAUCUCCGCACGAAAGGGUGAAUACGAAACCGGAUUCGAAAAGGGCGGUCAGACUCGUGAACACGCAUUGUUGGCUAGGAAUACUGGUGUCCAGAAGCUGGUUGUUGCUGUCAACAAGAUGGACGACCCCACUGUGGAGUGGAGUCACGCUCGUUUCAAGGAGUGCACUGUCAAGGUUUCCAAGUUCCUGGAGGCCCUCGGUUAUAAGAAGACUGAUCUUCUUUUCAUGCCUAUCUCCGCUCAGAGGACUUUGGGCAUCAAGGACCGUGUUCCUAAGGACCUUGCACCUUGGUACGAUGGCCCCUCUCUUUUGGAAUACCUGACCGACAUGAAGUUGCCUGAGCGCAAGAUCAAUGCGCCAUUCAUGAUGCCAAUUACUGCGAAGUAUCGUGAUAUGGGUACCAUGGUAGAAGGUCGCGUUGAGUCUGGUGUGAUCAAGAAGAACGCCAAUUGCAUCGUUAUGCCCAAUCGCAGCAAGGUUGAAAUCACGGCACUCUACGGAGAGACUGAGGACGAGAUUGCGACAGCCACCUGUGGUGACCAAGUCCGCAUGCGUCUCCGUGGUGUGGAAGAAGAAGAUCUUCUUCCUGGAUUCGUGCUUUGCUCUCCGAAGCGUUUGGUGAACUGUGUAUCCAGCUUCGAAGCUAAGAUUAGAAUUCUCGAUCUGAAGAGCAUUCUUUCCGCCGGUUACAACUGUGUCAUGCAUGUGCACUCGGCUGUUGAAGAGGUUACCUUUUCAGCCCUGUUGCAUAAGUGCGAGCCUGGUACAGGACGUAAAAGCAAGCGCCCACCUGCCUUCGCCAGCAAGGGUCAGACGAUCAUUGCUCGUCUCGAAGUUACUAGCACUGCUGGUGCCGUCUGUGUCGAGCGUUUCGAGGACUACAACCAAAUGGGACGGUUCACUCUACGUGAUCAGGGACAAACUAUUGCUAUUGGUAUGAUUACCAAGCUCAUCAUGAAUGAGGCAGACAACAACUAA